AAGCGCCGCAGCGCGGCGGCGGCGGCGGCGGCGGCAUCGGAGGCGGCGGCGCGUGCGACUGGGGAAUGGCGGCUGGCCUCGCGAUGCAUCUGGAUAGAGGCUGAGCUGGGGGUGCGGGUUGGGGGAGGGGACGGGGGACGGGGGGGUCCUUUGCGGAAUGAUCUACAGGAGCCGCGCGUUAAUGCCGCACGAUUUCUGUUAUCUCCAUGGAUGUGACAAAAUGCACGAGGUCCUGCCUUGACGGGCGCGCGCAGGAGAUGACCAUCUCCCUGCAGGAGGCAGAAGCGACCACAGCCAAGAUGAGCGCCAUGCCUCAGGAUCCGGACAUGGAGACCAUCAGCAAGGGGGUGCGGUACCGUGGUGCGGGCAGCCAGCCGGCCGUCUCCAGCCCCAGGUACUGCCCCGGGGUGAACAACAACGGCGCCUACCUGUGCGAGACGGGGCACUGCUGCGGUGAGACGGGCUGCUGCACCUACUACUACGAACUGUGGUGGUUCUGGCUCCUGUGGACAGUGCUGAUCCUGUUCAGCUGCUGCUGUGCGUAUCGACACCGGAGAGCCAAGCUGCGAGUCCAGCAGCUGCAGCGCCAGCGGGAGAUCAACCUCAUGGCGUACCACGGCGCCUGCAGUUACCCCACCUCCAUGCUGGACCUCAGCUUCCUGGCCUCCUUCAAGCUGCCGUCCUACGAGGAGGUGGCGGCGCGGCCCAGCACCCCUCCCCCGCCGUACAGCGCCGUGUUCGCCCUGCAGGGCGGCGCCGCUCAGUACGCCCGCGCCGGCCCCAGCGGGAUGGUGUCCUCCCACAGCUCGGACAACUACACGAGCUGCUCCUGCGAGUCCUGCUCCGCCUCGUCCCCCUGCAGCACCUCCUUCUCCGUCCAGGUCACCGACGAGACGGACACGAGCAACGCCACCACGCCCAGCGAGGCGGGAGACUCCCGGCCGCCCAGCGCCGCCGCCGCGCCCCCCGCCGCCCCCGAGGGCGGAGCCCCGGCCGACCCCUCCGCCUCCCCGCCGCCGCCCGUUCCCGCCGACCCCCUGGGCGCCACGGCGGGACGGGACGAGGAGCCGGCCGCCGGCAAGGCGCCCGAGGAGGAGCCGGCGCCCCCCGGGGCGGCGCAGUCCCCGCCCAAACACGCGCUCUUCUCUUCCAACGUGGAUUUCUUCGAGCCGGACGGCUGCGCCUCCGACGCGGAGGGCGAGGGGGACGAUCCGGACGCGGACGAGAGCCACUUCCGGCACCGGCGCCUGACGGGCGACUCAGGAAUCGAGGUGUGUCGCUGCCAGGUGGAGAGCGAGGAUGAGGACGGCUGGCAGGAGGCAGGGGGCGGCGGGCGGGAGGAGGCAGAAGGCAAGGAGGAGCCCGGCUUCCUCCACGACAGCGUCGACUGCUCCGCCCGCGCCCUUUGCGGCCCCGUCCCUCUCCUGCAGCGGAGCGCAGAGUCCGCCGUUGCCGUCGAGACGGUGUGAAGGAGAGGCGGGGGCGGCAGUAGGGUACCAGCAUUGCGCCGGAGCAGGCCGAAUGGCGUGGCGGAUCGGCGACGACGGAGUCCUUCCACCGGCCACGCGAAGGGCACGGACUGGAGCGGCGUGACAACACGGUAACGGACCGCAGUACGAGCCGUGGCACCUUGCAGAGGAAACUGUUAGUUUUCUAGAAAUGUGUCUUCUGCGACGCUCCGUUUCCGUGUGCGUGUGUGUGUCGGCACGUGGUGGUGGAGAGUUUGGACGCAGACUCCCGUCUCCUCCCCAGCGGUCCCCCUACGGUUCAACGGUUGCAACGCGGGGACCCGGUAAGGGGUGGCGGGUCUCCCGAGCAGCCUACCUAUGCCCUCGCACCCGAGCCACGCCAACCUCCUGCUGCUGCGGACUGCUUGUCACCUAAAGGCAAUAAUCACACUAAUAAUUACAGGGUUGAUGAGGAUGACCGCGGUGGCGGUGGCAGCCAUCGGAUGCAUGGCAGGCCAACAGAGGGCGCUCUCGGUCCGCUCUUCCCUCACGCGCUGUCACUUUAAACUGAGUUUUGUUUCGAAAGAACUGUACAGAACCCAGUUCAAUAUUUAUACGUGUUGCAGCCGGGGAAAACGAAGCGCGCCGUUCCCCCCAGCAGGGCUUCUGCGCUAGGCAAUGUGACGACCCCCACUGUAGGGGGCGCUGUUUCGCUUGUUGAACCCUUCCAGAGCCUCAAGCUAACCGUCACCGCUGGUGUCGAAUGUAAUCUCCCCCCACUGCGUCGCACAAAGGCGUUCUUGGUCCAUCGCUCCGACACUUUCCCAGGAAUCGAUGGACCCCCCGUAGAUAAUUUGGAUGUAAGCGCCAGUGGCUUUCUGUCCCCAUCGAAAGUGUGGAUUUACCGUGUUCCGCCACUGAAUGCACCUCUCUGCCCCAGCACCGGUUUCCUUCCCCAGCGCCGGUGGGGAAAUUUCAAGAGUGAAACGCUCACUGUGAAAGGGAAAAGCACCCACAGGUGGGGUGGGUGGGUGGGUGGGGGGCAUUCUCUAAAUGUCAGCUUCGGAAAGGUAGAUUUUUCGAGGGAAAUGAAACCCACCCUUAAGGUCUGACACCUCGAAAAGAGACGCAUGUCGGCGUUCCGCGGUACGUUCUGAGGGCCUGUCCUCAUCCCACCGUCAUCACAGCUUCUCGCUGUAAAUAACCAUCGCUGAGGAUUAUUUUCAUACACUUAACGCCGCUAAUUCUGAAACAGAGCAGCAGGUGGCGUACUGGUUAGAGCUACCACCUUGCAUCCUGAUGGACUCAGGAUCGAAUCCUAUCUCCAGCUGUACUACCCUUUACCAAGGCACUUACCCUGCACUGAUACAGUAAAAAUCACGCAGCUGUGCAAGUGGAAAAAUAACUAUAAGGAUGUUAAUACACGAAUGUAAUACUGUAAGUCGCUCUGGACAAAAACAGCAGUUAUAAGUUGUUCAUGAUAAAUAAUAAUAAUGGAAUGUAUGGAAAGAUGAGGACGGUGUUGUGGAACGGGGCCCUUCUGGGACUGGACCUCGGCCUGCGUGUGGGCAGGACCUCUGGUUCUUGUGAACAGUGCCGCCACCCCCUCAUCAGCCCCUCGCCCCUUGUGGAAACUGCAGGGUCUACACCCUAAAGAUGCUCUUUGAUGGGAACGUUCUUCGUUAUAACCUUCUGUCCUGUUCCGAAGACGUGUCGGAGGGGUGAAACGCUGCAUUUCGCAUGAACCGGGCACAUGGGGUACAGUUAAUCCAGUGCUGUUUAAAAGUAAGUGAACCCUACUGGGACCAUCAUUAUUCCUGUAUAACAUAUUAAAAUAAACAUAUACAUGUUAAAUCUUAAAAUAAACGUAUAAAAUGAAUAAAUGACUAUGAUUUACACCCCUGAUUCUACUUUCCGACUCGGUUUACCCAGUACAGCUUGGGCUUUGCUUAUUUUUACACCUGCGCUAGUUGUGUGUUUCUAUUACACACAUGGUUUCCUCUAAGGUAACAUACAGAACUGGUCAUUACACACCUGUUAUGUCACAUGAGAAACAGUGUACCUCAUUAAAUACCUAUUUCCUGGUAAAAAAUAAGGUACACAGGGGCUUCACUACUUUCAAGCAGCACUGUAGGUUUUCAUGGCUAGAGGAUAACAAGUCUGCAUAACCCUAACCCUUGUCGCCAGUGAUUCUGGGAUAGGCUCCAGACCCUGGUGGAUUCCAACCAAGACAAGCUGUUACUAAAAAUUGAUGGAUGAAUAAUAAUAAUAAUAAUAAUAAUAAUAAUAAUAAGAACUGCUUCUAGUUCACUUUGCCUUUUCUUAAGUCCCCUUCUCUAAUCUCUUACCCUUUAUACCUUCCUUAAGGCCAUUUUUAGUGAUUUUGAUUCGUCGACCGAUAUCCUUGUCCCCUUUCCAAAAUCACUGCUUUGCAGUUAUUAGCCGGAAAUCUCAGCGUUUUACUGAAACACGCAUCUGCGGUGUUUGUCCUGCACGCGGUAAAACUACGACGAUGGGUCGCAGCCCGGCGCAGUGUCCCAGCGAGCCACCCGGACAGCCCACAUUGUGCCGGACAGAUAAAUAAGUCCAGGAUCGUAGGAUUUUGUAAUGUAAACGGGGGAGAAACGAGUCAGUGUCCUUUUUUUCCAAUCGAUGUCUCAGAGGUGUCCUCUCAAUUUCAUAGUUUCCUCACUAAUUUUGCCCAGGUCGUGCAGUUCUGCGCAGCGCUUUGCAGCCGAACGUCAGUUCAGGUGACCGUUGCGCGCCCAGAGAUGAUGCCGAGGACGCCCUCGGAGAAUUUCGAAGUCGUUCCGGGUUACUGUUAAUGCCCGGCUCCCUGGGGAGGGGGGGUCCUGCACCGUACCGCAGAGCUCCAAACCCUCGACCGGGGCGCUCCGUCAGACUGUUACCUCGCUUCACCUCUUAUGGUUUGUGACUGUAAACCAUUUGUUUGUGUAUGUUGCAUUUAAAGGAAAUUAUAUAUACAGUAGAGUACUUUUCCUUUAUAGAAGCCAAAAGUAAAAAAGUAGCAUCGGUGAAACUGCGUGCAUUAAGACAGCCGACCCAUAACACCAUCUCCACGCAAAUGCAGACUGUUUCUCUUAAGAGGAGACGCUGUCCACAUUGUUGCUGUCCUACGGUCACGUGACCAAGCGUUUGGGGUCAGUAUAUCCCUCUGAGACCCAGCCAUUGACAUUUGUCCACUGUAGAGGACAUGUGCUGUUUUUUAAGUGUGUCUCUCAAACUGAGCAUGCCACGAUGCUGAUACCACGUCUUUGAGAGUGGGCCUUGGACAACUUCCUAGAAAUAUACCCCAGACCCGUUUUUAUGCUGGGUCUCAGGAGGAUAGAGGCCAUGAUGAACAACGUUCGGGGUAUUCCAAGGGGAAACUCUUUUAUUUCACACCUGGACCAUCUCACACGCGACGCGAGUGACUAUAAGUAAGUCUUUCCAUCGCGAUGUCGUAUCCGGGUGCUGAGCUUCUACGCGUUAUUGUCAGGUCAAACUUCUGGGACUGGCUCACCUUGACAGCGUCCCCGAGAGUGGAGGUACCUUAUUGCCGUCAUUCAAAGAGUUUUUGUACCGACUGUACUGUUGAAUAUCAUUUGUUGUUUUUUUUUUUUUUUUUUAAUCCAUAACCCGAAGUAUCGAGAGAUGCCAUCAACCGCUCGGAUUAUUUCUUCACGACCUUCAUCGGUGUUCAGAGGGUGCGCAUCCAACAUGUUAGUUACUCGUUUGUCGGCUGUGUGCUGUUCUUCUCCGUUCGGUCUCUGCUCUACUGGACUGUCAGUGUUGCCCACGAAACAACCUGUGGAUUUGUGUGACAAUAAAGUGCUCAUUCACGCCGUG